AUGGCGAUGACGAGUGCGGCGCGGCGGCACAUCCUGAUCACGGGCAGUCCUGGAACGGGCAAGUCAACGCUCGUGUCGAAGCUGAUUGCGCGCUUUAAGGACAAGGGUGUUCCCAUGCAAGGGUUUUGGACCAAGGAGGUGCGGCAGGGCGGAAACAGGAUUGGGUUCGACGUGGUGACUCUGGACGGCAAGGAGGGCGUGCUGAGCCGUGUCGGAGCCAAGGGCCCCCGUGUCGGCAAGUAUGGCGUGAACGUGAAAGAGUUUGAGGAGCUUGCCCUGCCGUGCCUUCGAGCGGGCCCAGUGCAGAAGCAGGAGCAAGGCGGCGAAGAAGCAGGACAGCAGGGACGACAGCGGCAAGCAGUGCGCCUUGUGGUUGUGGAUGAGAUUGGCAAGAUGGAGCUCUUCUCGCAGCCGUUCAUGACAGCGUACAAGGGGCUGCUUGAUAGCGCGGCUGACCGUGGCGUCGUAGUUGUGUCCACAAUCGCCAAGCGGGGCCAAGGGUUUAUUGCCGAAGUGAAGAGCAGGCCCGACGUUGACCUGCACGAGAUAACGCGCGCCAACCGCGACGCCAAGUUUGAAGAGCUUGCCUCCACUCUCCUGCGCCAACUUCGCCCCUCAUCAUGA